UUCUAAUAUCAUUUACACGCGGAUCAGAUUUCUUUCUCGAAAUCGCUUAAUUCGGUAAAAUUAAUGACGGCCGUUACAAGUGUUAGGUACGGUCGACGUUGUUUAACGCAGUCGACAUCGAUCCAAGGUUGUACUCUAAUUUUAGUGGGCCAACCAGCGGGAGAGUCGACACGCUAUUGCCCCUUUCACGGACGCGAAAUGCUACGCGCCAAAUUGCAUAGAAAUUCAAUUUUAUUGACUAUCAAGCAGAUAGUCAAUUUGAAGACAGUAGUUAACGCGAAUCGUUCGUAGCCGCGAACAAAAGCUUCCUCCGUUGAUCUUAUUAUAUAUAUAGAUACGAUAUUGGAGUAUAUAAUUAGUCCGACUUAGUGCUCGGCCAGAAAGUUAAACUGCUCUAUUUAAAACAAGCUUAUCAGUGUAGCUGUAUAAACUAGGAUGAAGCUAAAUAGACGUUAGAAUUCCCUAUGCGUUUGCUAAUCCAUCUGUCGGCGUUGAUUCGGCGAUUGGUGAUUGUAUUAGCGAAUAGGGAGUAUCACGAGCAGGUAAUUACCUUAUAGUUCAAUUAAUGCUUGCCAAACCUAGAUUGAUAUCAUAAAAAUUCAGAGGUUUACUCUGUUUAUCGUACGUAUCUGUAUCGUCAAAGAGAAGCCGAAAGAGAGAGAGAGAGAGAGAGAGAGAGAGAGAGUAAGAAGACCAAGGAAUGGAUAGUAACGAAUUUCCUACGAAAGACGUUUUCGCGUGCGUUUAAUCGAUCGAAAAAAGAAAACAAAGAAACAAAAGAAAGGAAAGAAAAAAAAAGUAAGGGCGUCCCAUUAAUGGCAUUAAUUGAUCCGAAAGAAUAGCGCGAAAGUUUCGUUCGACAGGUGGUCGAAAGAGCUGGAUCACGAUCACGGCGCGUCUAUCGCUUUUCAUACUCUUUCCGAUGGACGUUCCCCUUUUCCCGGCACCGCCGGUCUUUGGUGGCGCCGCGACGUCCAUCAAUGACGUCUGCGACGUCGCCUCGUCCGACGUGGUGACGCACCGGAAAGGAGAACGACAUGCAGCAGCCGUCACAGGGAAUGCUGCUUCAUCUUUGGAAUUUGGAAAAACUCCCGUUGUUCGCGGGAAAGGACAUCGUCGUAACCUUGUUCAUCCGAAAAGAACAACGAUUACGAAGAAGGAGGCAAGUCGACGUCACGUUACCACCGAAUUUCGCGUAAGAAUGACCGAGCCUCGAGAUAAGAACGAAGACGACGACGACGACGACGAUGACGGCGGCGACGACGACGACGACGACGACGACGACGACGACGACGACGUUAUUACUUGCGCCGAUGCUUCGACCGUAACAUCGGAAGUUCCGUCUUGGUUACAAAACAGCGUGCAUCGCAAUAAAGCAACGAGAUCUGUAGCGCUACAAACGGCAAUAAGGAUACCUUUACGGCUAAGAUUCUUACCGUCUCUCGCGGAUAUCAUCGAGGAAAAUGAUCCUGCGUCUGCCAGUUCCAAAUCAUCCAUCAUUUGGAAGCAUAUAAGAUUUCUGGGACGCCUGUCGCUCUCUCAAUUCGGACUCGUCUGGUUAUUGAGCAUAUGGACAAUAGCAGGAGCCGCAGCCUUUUGCGCAACGGAAGGACCGCGCGAGCGUGAACAGGUCGUAGAAUUGAAGGAUAUGCAGAAAGAUCUGGCGGUCGGCUUAGCCACCGAAUUACGCCAGCUACGUACGGAGAAAGAGAAAGACAUGGAGCCCGUAUGGAGUAACAAGGUGCGUCAGUAUGUUGCAAAACACGAGCAACUUCUUCUCGCAGCUGUAAACUCUGGAUAUGGCGAAGCCAACGACGGUGGACAGCUUUGGACCUUCCCCGGUUGCGUGCUCUUCGCUGUAUCGCUUAUCACCACUCUGGGUUUUGGAGCACCGGUACCUCGGACGAAUGCUGGCCGUACCGUAGCGAUUGUAUUUGCAGCCAUUGGCAUUCCAGCACAUUUUCUUCUAAUAAUGAACGUCGGUAUUUUGCUAGCAGUCCGAUUGCAAAAGUAUGCCAUUAGGAAAACGUCCGAUAAGAAGGACUUACAACAGGAUCCCGCGGAUAUUUGUUGUUCACCGGCAACAGUACCUAAGUGGGUCAAACUCGUUCCCUUUGUUUGUAUCGGUGGUUAUUACAUCCUCGGGGUUUUAUGUUUCGGCAUAGCCAGAUCAAGACCAUUAGCGACGAGCGUCUUAUUCCCUUUAGAUUUCACAGCGGCAGGUGGACUUUCGACGACGCAGGGUUACGUGCGUGUAUUUUAUGCCAUAUACUUGGAAGGUGCCGUCAUUAUAGCAGCCGUAACAGUUGCCGUUCUUAGAGUAUCGGCCACUCAAAGUUUGACCAAUAUCGGUGUAAGAUAUGGUUUACUAACUGAGGCCUGAUCAAUGGAAAAGUAUAUCCCCUUUGAUCGAAUAUAUUUGCGCGUAUCACACAGGAAAUAUAUCCUUGACGAUUCUAUAAGAAUUCCUUUUGAUUAUCUCCGUUUCUCGAGAACCAAAGGAUAGAUACACAUCAUUAGAUUCGUACAGGAUGACACGUUGAUCCUUAAUUUAUUAACAAAAACGAACGUAUUCAAUUUAUUUGUACUUUGCAAGUAUAAUCCAAGUUAAUAAAAUCUUCAUUUCUACGUCAUUACUUUUGAGAAUAGUUCCAUACGAUUCAAAAAUUUUAUUGCUAAUUUUCUUAUGAAAAAUGUUCAUUGGUUCUACGUAAAAAUGUUAAUCGAAACAAACGCGCGCAUCAAUUUUGCGAAUGCUUUCCUUUCACAUCGCAAGUUUCUAUUGAUUUCUAUUUGAUAUUGGUUGAGAGUACGACGGACUAAAAUUAUAUUCCUUGACAUGGACUAUCUAUCUAUCUAUCUAUGUAUACACACACACACACACAUAUGUAUAUAUGCAUGCAUGCAUGCAUGCAUGUACGUGUAGAUAAAAUCGUACGACGUUGAAAGAAAAAGAGAGUACAAAAAAGAGAUUAUAUAGUAUACAAUUAUUAUAGUAUAUCUUUUGUACAGUUUUUAUUGCACAAGUUCGUGUGACAAUAAAGUAGUACUGAAAAACACAAUGAAAUUAACCUCGACUUUAUCGCUACACCCAGAAAAUCCAAAAUUUCCACGUAAAUUUCCUAUUUUCAAAUAAUCCGAUAUAAUUCAUUCAUUCCAUAUGACGUAUGAAUACAUUUACAUUCUACUUGAUACCCUAUCACAAUUGAAAUGUAUCCCUCUGAAAACGGAAGGAUAUUAAUCGGAUUCGAGGAGGAACAGUGGAUCAAUUUCAAAGGACCCGACCACUCAACACGGACAUGCUUACUCAUUCAUACGUAGCGCUAACUUGUCAUAUUUAUUAUAUCAAUAAUACACGUACAUGACUGUGAACAGCUAACGAUUCUUAUGCCGCCACGCACAUUGUAUUACAUAAUCAAUCGAAAAUUAAUCAUUUUGAUAAAACAUAAUUAAGAAUUCAAAAUAUAUUCAAUCUAACGAAUGUAACGUUUAAUGUGAAACAUUCUACGGUAGGUAUUCACAGCGUGAGUGUAAUAUCAGAUACUCCUUAAUUAUAUAUAUAUAUAUAUAUAUAUAAAAAAAGAAAAAAAAAAGAAAACAAAAGUAUACUACAAAUGUAGAUAUAAUGUUGCACAAUUCACUAUUACGUGAAUAUCGAUAAUGUAUUAAGUCGACAACUCUUUUAUUGAUAACAUUUAUAAGAAACUUAUCACCUUACAUAGCACUACCAUUACGAGCCUCUUGUUUCCUUAUAUCGUUACUAUCUUCGUUUCUUCUAUCGUUAUUUUCGGCAUUAACGUCUGAAUCAAUAUUAACUGACAUCACGUUCCCUUGCUCUUUAUCACCCGGGUGUUGAGGCAUAGAAGCUGAAGAUUUAUCGUUGCAAGUAGAUUCGUCCCCAUCUAAAGCCACUCGUAUGGAUUCUACCAGAUCUAGUGGCCCUACAAAAGAUUGUUUUGUUCCUGUGGAAAAAAAAACACACACACACACACACCUUACCUUUUUAAUUUGUACAUACACUUUGUUAAUUUAUUAUUCUUGCAAUAAUUAAAAAGUCACGAUGUCAAAAUAAAGACAAGAAAGAAGAAAGAAGAAAAAAGAAAAAAAAAAAAAAAAGUGCAACUUAAAGUAUAAUAAGUAGGAGAUCUUUUCUUAACGCCGAUUUACUAAGUACGAGAUAUCUGUCAAUGUGACAACAAUACGACAACCUCGAAACGUUCCAUGUAUGUCAUAUGUUUUUCUCAAGAAUAAUUAUAAUAUUAAGUUGAUAAAAAAUUGCGCAAUUAUCUACAUAACAAAUGUAAAUUAAGAUUGUUUCUCGAAUAUGCGUUAUAUGAUGUACAAUGCUCCAGGGUAUUCGUUUUUGAUGCACAAUUAACUUACCCAAAAUGAUUUUAUCCAAAGAUAGCUUUUUUAAUUUUGUUAAGUAGGCCAUUGCUUUGAUCAUUUUCUAUGUUCUGCCACGCUUGAGUUUGCUUCUUUGGACCUGUAGAGCCUAGAGAAGAAAUAGUUUUAAAUGGAGGCUACGAUUGUUCAUGUCGAAACCAACAUUUCAAAAAAGAAAAAAAGAAAAAGGAUCUCAAUGUGAAUACCUGAUCUCGAUGUUUGAAAAAAAAAAAAAAAAAAAAAGAAGUUGAGAAAAUUUUAAACCGCAAAACGUCAAUGAAACGCAUAUGUCACAUUUAUCAUAGAAUUUAUUCGGUUAGCAAAGACAGGUACAAUUAAAAAGAAAACUCAAGCGAUGCACAGGUCUAACUGGUCCUACAUGAUACUCAAACGUUCUAUAGUCAGAAUAUUUGAGCCAGAAUAUGAGAUUACGUGAAAGAUCAAUAAGCAAAGUGAUUAUUAUUAUUAUUAUUAUUAUUAUUACUAUUAUUAUCAUUAUUAUUAUUAUAAUUCAAGAGCGAAUCAAUUAUUUCAUAAUCAUAAUCUAUGAAUCAUCGAAACAUGAAAUAGAUGGAAACGUUCGAAUAAUUAGGAAUUAAAUUUUGUCGCUUAAUCUUUUUUUAGGAUAUCAUGAUUUUUUACAUCUAUCCUUACCGUCUGUUUUAUAAGUUAUGCCAUAUAUACUGCCUGGUGUGUCGGAUUCAAGUUCUGCGUAUGCUUGAAGUAAAGCUUUUUGUUUUUUCGUUAAAUUUGUUGGUACGGUUAUCUUAAUAUUUACGUAAUGAUCGCCAUAACCAUAUCCGUUUACUUUCCUCAAACCUUUGCCUGUUAGGCGUAUUUUAGUAUGCGAAUUGGUAGCCGGACGGAUCUGUACUGUUUGAUCCUCAUAGACACCUUCUAUCCUUAUUGUACCACCCAGUACAGCUUGUGACAAUGAUAUUUCGGCGUCGGUAUGCACAUCGGGUCCGUCUCUGCGAAAGUACUUAGAUUUUUCCACGCGGAAUGUUAUAAAUACUUCUUUAUUACCAACAGCCAAGCGUACUGUUUGACCAUCCUCUACACCAGCCGGUACUGGUACAGUUACUUUUUUGGAUUGCACCUUUAGCAAAAGAUCGCACAAUUGAAACAAGAUAUUUCUCUCGUGUGUAAACAUGCAAAGAAUGCGUUAUAUUGAAAUAUUAGGAAAUGCUGGAAGAUAAGCUUGAAGGACAAGUAUACACUACCGUUUGUCCUUUCCCUUCGCACUCUAUGCAAGGAUAUUUUAUGUAUAUCCUGGUACCAUUGCAAUAGCGACAAGUUGAGCGCAUUACGAAAGGCCCUGUGCUAAUUGUUUCCAUUCCGGUGCCAUUACAUGGUUGACACCUGGCAGCCUUCGUUCCUGGCUCACACCGGGAACCAGCACAUUUUGUACAUGUAUCUAUCACGUUUAAUUCAAUAUCUUUAUUUACGCCUCUGGCAGCUUGCGAGAAUGUUAGAUUCAUUAUUACCUAUAUAUAUGUGUGUGUGUGUGUGUGUGUGUGUGUGUGUGUGUGUGUGCGUGUAAGAAAGAAAAAUAUUAGUUAUUACGAAAUAAAAUAAUAGUUACUUUUUACAAAUAGAAUUUUUACGAUGAAAUAUAGAAGUAAUUGGUACCUCCUGUGACGCUCCAAAACCAUAUUUUGAUUCUGCAAAAUCUUCAAAAUCGCCAAACAUGCCACUUUGGAAGCCAGCAUCUCCAAAAAUUUUUCUAAAUAAUUCCUCUGGAUUAACCGUUGACCUAAAGUGCCACUGCUGUUGAAAAUCUUUAGCGCUUUGCCCGCCUCCUUGACCCAUUCCCAUCUGUUCCGAGGUUGCACCCCACGUAUCAUAUUCUUUUCUUUU